AAUUGAGCACCACGUUUAGGUUCAAAUUCUACAAUAAUUUGCACGUAGUAUGUAAAUAAUUAUAUUAUUAAGUACAAUUUAAAUCAACAUAACACAGUUUAUCCAAGGAUUGUAAAGCAAAUCUCGUUGAAAUGGAAUCUUCAUCCGCAUUAGAUAUUUUGACGAUUGAAGAUCUUCUUCCUGACGAAUUGACAGCACCAGAGCUUGGAAGUAAUGGCCAUCAACUACAAUUUAAUUGUCUAGCAAAUGGUCAAACGAAUCGUGAACCAGCAACACAACGAUCAGUAGCUGAUGUAACUUCUCAAUUUGGUAUAGAGGCUACAAAAAUGCAAUCUGUCCAUCCUCAAGCUCAAUCAAGUUUUAACCAAUCAGUAGCUAAUCAGGGAUUACCAGUGUCAGUUCAUUCAUCUAUCACAUUAUUUCCUACUUCCAAUACAUCAAAUUCAUUGAAUUUAACCAGUAGGCCUAUAAAUUUACCUAGUUCUAAUCUUCAUUAUUUGAAUAACUUUCAAACUUUCAAUAGUAGAGUACCUACACUAAACCAAUGUACCUACACUGUAUCUACACCAGACCAAUCGUCGUACUCACAAACUCAAGUUAAACCAGUUCAGAAAGUAAAAAAUUGGCAACUAUCUUUAUCUGAAGAAAAUAGAAAAGAUAACGUCAAUUGCUUAAUUGAAGCAAUAUUUACAAAUGGACUUGCAGAAUCGAUAUUUGAUGAUAGGCUCAAUCAUUUGUUGAAUUAUGCCCAAAAAGUUGAAAAUGAAAUAUAUAACACGGCUAACUCCGAAGUUGAAUACAACCAGUUACUCGCUGAUAAAAUUAUUUCAAGUCGAAUUGAAAUUGAAGACAGGCGUAGAAAACGCGAAGUUAUUGCUAAUCAAUCACAUAUAAUGGCAUCUAAUGCAAACCUUCCAUCUGCUCCGAUUGGAAGUAUAACGACCGCAGAGGGUGCAGAAGUAUCAGAUAAUUUACAACCAGCUACAUUGAAUGGAAAUCAACCGCUAGACAUACCGUUAGGUCUCCGGGGACUAGAUCUAGCUACACCAACACAAGUCGUGAAAGAGUGGCAUCAAAGCCUGACGUUAGAUUUAAGGAAACAUUUUAUUAUUCAUAUUGUUAAAAAAAUAUGGCCUAACAACACAAUGAUAGUUUUCGACAAUAGAAUACACAAUUUAUACAGAUAUGCAAUAAAAGUAGAACGUGAUAUGUAUGAAUCAGCUAAUUCUAGAUCGGAGUACAUGCAACUACUUGCAGAGAAGACUUAUUCAAUUAGAAAAGAACUGGAGGAAAAACGUCAAGAACGUAAGCGAUUGCAAUCAGCUUCGCAGCAAUCGCUUCAACAAUCAGUGGUUGGUAAUUUAGGAUUGAGAAUUCCUGGACCUUCUAUGAAUGUUCAAGCUACUAUGCCUCCUCAAAUAGCAGUACCAUACUUCCCAAAUUGUUCAAUGAUGCCCGAUCUAUAUCAUGUUAUGCCAACACUACCCUGAUAGCUAGGCUUUUUUAGAAAGUAGUUGACUUUCCACAGUUCUCGUU